AUGUCUACCGCUCCUAAUCUCGCUUACACAGCUGGCCCAGCAAUGCCUGUGCCCAUGCCACAGCAUCCCGUUCCCGCUCAGUAUAUCCCCGCCCAGCGCAACAUGCCACACCCCAACGAUGCUGCUCUUCGCCGGAGCCGCAAGCCCACCGACAAGAACAUCCCCGACGGCAUCGAAGAUGUAGUGAUCGGGGAAGGCGUACAGCAGUACAAGAACCUGCGCGAUUUAGAGAAGAGAUUGGACGCCGCCAUCGUCCGGAAGAGACUGGACAUUCAGGACUCGAUCAGCAAGACCGUCAAGAAGUACCGGACGAUGCGCAUUUGGAUUACAAACACAGUCGAGAAUCAACCGUGGCAGGGCGCGACUGGCCAGAACGGGUCAGCGACUAACCCCGGCUCGGGACGUUAUAAGGUGCGCAUAGAGGGACGACUGCUGGAUGAUGACACCGAUCCUACGGCCCCUGAGGACAGCGACAACGAGGGCAACGAGACGCAGGCGAAUGGAGAUGCCAUGGAUCAUGACGGGAAGGAUGCUAAGAAGAACGCCCCGAAGCGGUCGAAGCAGCGCUUUUCACACUUUUUCAAAACGAUCACGGUCGACUUCGACAAGUCUUCAACCGCGAACCCGGAGGAGGUUAAGACUGUUAACUGGACCAAGCCACAGCUUCCGGCUAAUACUGUAACAUUGCCCCCGACUGCCGAUUUUGAUUCUCUGCAGUUUUCUAGAGCUUCACAGGAGAACUUGAAUGUUACCGUGAGCCUUGUCAGAGAUGAGACUCCCGAGCGGUAUAAGCUGAGCAAGGAUCUGGCCGAGGUGCUCGACGUCGAGGAGGAAACGCGCAGCGGAAUUGUGCUUGGGAUUUGGGAUUAUAUUCGCGCAAUGGGUUUACAAGAAGAUGAAGAGAAGCGUUUGGUCCGCUGUGAUCAUCGUUUGCGAUCUAUCUUCGGCCGAGACCAGAUGUUCUUCCCACAGAUUCCAGAGAGCAUCGGCCACCACACCAGUCCUCUUGACCCGAUCAAGCUUCCAUACACCAUCCGUGUCGAUGAAGAAUUCCACAAAGACCCCACUCCCACCGUCUACGACAUUCAAGUGGCCGUGGAAGACCCGCUCCGCGCUAAGAUGCUCGCUCUGACCCAGAACCCACAGUACACCGCCGGGCUGCGACAGAUCUCUACUUUGGACGACCAGGUCUCGCUUAUCGUCCAGGCACUGACACACUCGCGUGCCAAACACUCCUUCUACACGGCGUUGAGCAAAGACCCUGCCACGUUCCUCCGUCGCUGGGUCAACUCCCAGCGCAGGGACCUCGAGACCAUCCUCGGCGAGGCAACGCGCGGUGGCGGCGAAGAUGCCACUGGCCCAGAGUUCCGUCGCGGAGGCGCCGAUGGCGCUUGGGACUCUCCGGUGGCCCUCGAAGCGGUGCGGUACAUGCUCGCGAAGCCAGAGGCCAUGCUGCGGUGA